CAUGCUUUGCUUCGAACGAAUUCUGUCCUGCCGCUACUGCCACAGCUGACAUCAAACAGUGUUCCUGUGAUACCCGCUAUACAAAACAGUAUAUGCCUGUCAAAAAUCUGCAUUGGUCUGAGAAGAAACGUAUUUUGGUUACCGGGGGUGCAGGCUUUGUUGGAUCUCAUCUAGUCGAUCGGCUAAUGCAAGACGGUCAUGAAGUACUGGCACUGGAUAACUUUGCGACCGGAAGACGACACAAUAUAGAACAUUGGCUGGGACAUAGUAAUUUCGAACUGAUUCAUCAUGAUGUAUCUGAGCCCAUUCAUAUCCAAGUUGACGAAAUCUACCAUUUGGCUUCGCCAGCCUCUCCUCCACACUACAUGCUCAAUCCUAUUCGCACAAUCAAGGCCAAUACGUUGGGAACACUGAAUAUGCUCGGUCUCGCCAGACGAACAAAUGCCCGUUUCCUGUUUUCAUCUACUUCGGAGGUUUAUGGCGAUCCUGCAGUACAUCCACAACCAGAAUCUUAUUGGGGCAAUGUGAACCCCAUCGGUCCUCGAGCCUGCUAUGAUGAGAGCAAGCGCCUGGGUGAGACGCUUACCUAUGCGUACUCCAACAGACUUGGUCUAUCGGUCAAAAUUGCUCGGAUUUUUAACACCUACGGUCCUCGGAUGCAGCUAGACGACGGCCGUGUGGUUAGCAAUUUCAUCUUGCAGUCACUGACUAACAAACCUUUGACGGUCUACGGUUCCGGUAACCAAACCCGUUCAUUUCAGUACGUUUCUGACCUCGUCGAUGGCCUCGUGCGUCUCAUGGCUUCGAAUUAUUCACUACCCGUAAACCUGGGUAAUCCGGAGGAGUUAAGUGUGUUGGAGUUAGCAGAUAUCAUACGCAAGUUCACAGGGAGCAACAGUUCCAUCGAAUUCAGUUCGAUCCCUGUGGACGACCCACAGCGACGUCGACCAGACAUUGAAGUCGCAAAAAUCCAACUAGGUUGGGAGCCUAUCGUCAAGAUACGUGAUGGUCUGCACAAAACAGUGGAUUAUUUUCGAGAAUACGUGGACAGCUCACCAUCGCAUUGAUCUAGUGGAAGCUAUUAAACUUUAGAGUUGGAACAACCACUGUCAUUUUUCUGCCCCGCGUGUUACUGGUUGUUCGAUGGCUGUGAUGUACACUCCCUAACCCAUUGGUGUGACGGUUAUGUAGCCCAUUUUAUUGUCCAUUACCUUGGACUACUGCUCUUUUAUCCAUAAUGACUAUCUCCUCUUUUAUUCAAGAAUGCAUUGAUUGUUCAAGAUUUCGAAUACUAAAAUGACCUCUAAGCAGUAAGGUAAGGUAAGUGGCCCUUUCGCAUUGGGAAUGAAAUAUUUGGCUGUUUUUUUCUAAAUGCACGCAAACAAAGCUGUUCACUCUUCCGAACAUACUAUAUGAACGUAUGGCCACCUGCAGCGGUUUCACGCUACGUCCUGUUAACUGAUUUUCACUGGAUAGAUGUAGAAUACGCCAACGCCUG